CCCCGACCUCAUCCCAGCGAUUGCACCCUCCGCCCUGGAGCUGCGAAUCAAGACGUUAUACAUUCCCCCUGCGGAUACUUCGCGGAUCCCCCGUUCAUUCUCCUCCAACUGCGCCCAGACCCAGCCCUGGGAGCAUCCAGGCUUCAACCUCCUCCCCCUCCUCCUCCUCCUCCUCCUCCUCUAAUACCGCCGAGACCCCUCCCAACCUUCACAGCAUGAAUCCACACAUAUCAUUACCGCGGCCAGGAGGCGGGCCCUCGACCUUCGGAGGAACUACUCCCUCAAGUCGCAGCGAGGGCCUGCGGAUGCCACGAUUCUUCAAGCGACUAUUCAAGUUCCCCCAGAUGGACUUCGAGAUGGCAAUAUGGGAGAUGACAAGUCUAAUAUGGGCUCCCAAGAAAGUCUUCAGGUCAAUAUACUAUCACGUAAAGACCAAAAACACCUGGCACCGCCCCGACCCCUCCUUCACCUACCUCCUCUCCUUCUUUCUCCUCCUCACAUCCCUCGCCUGGGGCCUCGCCUACGCCGACGGCUUCGGCAAAACCGUCCGCAUAACCCUCGUCUUCAUCUUCAUCCAUUUCCUCGCCCUUUCCCUCCUCGUAGCAACCGCAUUCUACUUCCUCGUCGGCCGACUACUAGGGCCCGGCGUGCCCGGCCUCCCAGGGCGUCGGCGACAAGGCCUCUUCACCCAGCCCGGGGAAGAAGAGCAGCUAGAAUUUGGAUACUGCUUUGACGUCUCCAUCCGCGCCUUCGUCCCCAUCUGGGUCUUCCUCUACGUGAUCCAGUUCCUCCUCAUGCCGCUCAUCGCCAGCUCCCACUGGGUCUCCCUCCUCGUCGGCAACUCCCUCUACCUCGCCGCCUUCAUCUACUACUUCAUCAUCACAUUCCUAGGCUACAACACGCUCCCCUUCCUGCACCACACCGAACUUCUCCUCGCGCCCAUCGCCGUCCUCGCGAUCCUGUGGUUCGCCUCCCUCUUCGGGCUGAACCUACCUAAACACCUCGCGCCAGUAUUGUGGGCGGGCGCAAAGUUGAGGAAAGGGGUAUGAUAGUGAUACGUGCUUGUCUGGGCGAAAUCGUGUAGAACGGAGCUUGUAUAAGUUGGUGGGGAAGAGGUGGGGUUUUGAAGGGGAGGGCCAGGUAGGCCCGUUGUACAUUAUCUGAGCGUUGCGUUAUUUAGCUUGGGUUUGGGUCAUUAGGGGCGUUCAUAGUGCCACAUGGCGUCUAAUGGAAUCAGGGGAAAAGCAUAAUGAUAUCGUUCAGUCUAUUCUACACCCG